CUUUUCUUCCAUGUUGGUCGCGGAGCAUGUGACCGCUUACUCGGAGCCACGGGCCGUUUUGAGGGAGAAUAGACAGAAUUUAAACAAGGAAGAAAAAAAUAAUCGCAGUCGUUACGACGGAUGCAAUGUGGCCAUGGCGUCCAGCAAUACUCCACACACCGACAAGACUUUGCGGCGAAUGACAAGAUCCCACAAGCUUUAAAAGCCGUACUGGGCCCCUGAAAUGCCAAGUUAGCCACCGAGACUUGGCCGGUUCACGCCAACCCCAUUCCCCCUCUACCAUCCCCUCCCCUCCGUGAUCCUACCGCAAACGCACACCAUGAGGUUGUCCAUCUUCACCGCCCCGCUGUCCCUGAUGGGCGGCGCGGUCGCGGGCACCGUCAUCUGGGACGGACGCUUCAACGAUAUGACCUCGGCCGCGGACCUGAACAAGUGGUCGUGGGGCAACCAGGUCGGGUCAUACCAGUACUACAUCCACGGCUCGAGCCCCGUCGCCAGCUACGUCGACCUGUCGCCCAGCCACAAGAACCCGGCCGACACGACGUCCAAGCAAGGAGCCAAGCUGACGCUCGACUCGACCGCGUACUGGAACGGGCAGAACAUGCGCCGCAUCGAGCUCAUCCCGCAGACCACCGCCGCCAUCAACCAGGGCAAGGUGUUUUACCACUUCAGCAUCAAGCGAUCCGACGUCAACCCGCCCGCCACGACGCGCGAGCACCAGAUAGCUUUUUUCGAGAGCCACUUCACCGAGCUCAAGAGCGGCUGGCUGUCGGGCGCUCCCGGGACGUCGGACCCGGCCCUCCGGUGGAUGGUCAACCAGCAGACAAAGUGGAGCGUGGACUGGGCCGCUGACGUGUGGCACAACGUCGCCUACGAGAUCGACUUCUCGGCCAACACGGUCGGGUUCUGGCACUCGACCGGAGGCGACCCGCUACAGAGGAUCGUGGCGCCCGUCUCCGUCAGCACGUCGAGCAACGGUGCAGACUGGCACGUUGGCGUGCUCGAGCUGCCGCGCAGUGGGUACCCGGACGCCGUUGAGGACUUUUACUUUUCCGGCGUGUACAUCGAGACCGGGACUAUCACUACCGCCAUUGGGGAUGGGAGUGGCUCUGCGCCAGACCCUGGCGUGCCUGGGACUACUACCACCUCGCGACUUCCAACCACUCCAGGAACCACCCCCGCUCCGACUAGUGCCCCUGCCACGACGUCAGUUACGACAACGGCGCGCCCGGCGACGACCACGCAGCCACCUGCGCAGCCGGGACAGACUCGCUAUGGACAGUGCGGUGGAAAUAACUGGUCAGGUCCGAGUUCUUGUAUAGAGGGAGCCUGCACCGUCUUGAACGAGUGGUAUCAUCAAUGCUCUUAAGACAUACCCGGCCUGCAACUUAGAAGGAUGGAAUGUACAUACCCUUCUUUAUUAGCAGUUCACAAGCUGGAACUCCUGCGGUAAGGUGUAACAGGCCAGGAGGAGCUAUUGGAGAAAGCAUACAAAUCAUUCCAUGGCCA